AUGAGUUUCCUCGAUCUAAACCUACCCGAAAGUGAUUACACCCUAGACCUCUUGCAUGAUACUAACUCUUCUUCUCUUUCAUCGUCCUCCACCAACCCCGAACAACGAGUUUUCCCAUGUAAUUACUGUAGGAGAAAAUUUUAUAGUUCGCAAGCACUUGGAGGCCAUCAGAAUGCUCACAAGCUCGAACGUACAUUGGCUAAGAAAAGCAGAUAUAUUAACGCAGGAGUUAGAGCUUGGAACCAGGUAUCAAGGUCUUAUUCCAAUGCUUCGAGCCAUGUUGAUUGGGUUCAACGACCCUUCGUAAUGGGGAUGGAACAUCAGGGACAUGUUGGGAGAACAGGGUUGGAUUAUUGUUAUAAGGGUGAGAGUGUUCAAGAAGAUUUUCAUCAGCUUGAUUUGUCUCUCAGGCUUUGA